CCGGCCUUACAAUCCGGUGAAGUACAGUAGGUGGCAGCAUCUUUCAUUUGGAUGCGAUCAGACAUCAAAUUACUAGAAGAAGACGCUUGACAGAAGACGCUAAUCCCCGAAGUUCAGUCGAACCGUGGGUACAACUUUCGAAGGGAUACGAGCUGAGCGUCUUAGGGCUGAAUGCAGAAGACAGUGGCUAUCCUAGGUGGGGGGAUAGGAGGCCUGUCUGCUUGCUACCACCUCAGCAAAAGCACCCAGAUCUCAAAGAUUGUGCUGCUGGAAGGGGAUAGUCGGUUUGGAGGUUGGCUGAGCUCAACUCGUAGAGAGGAUGGCGCUGUGUUUGAACAUGGACCGAGAGGCAUACGACCAGCUGGAGCUGUUGGGCGAAACACACUCAACAUGGUGGAAGAUUUAGGUUUGGAAAGUGAGGUCUUGCCAGUCACCUAUGACCACGUAGCUUCGAAGAAUCGUUAUCUCUAUGUGGGAGGGCAGCUGCACAAAAUGCCAUCUGGCUUAGGUGGGAUGAUGUGUACUGUCCCUCCAUUCUCACGCCCUCUGGUCCUGAGUGUGCUGAGGGAGAUUCUGAUCAGCAGAGGGAAAGAGGAUGAUGAAUCGGUCCAUUCCUUUGUGUCUAGGAGACUAGGCACUGAGCUUGCAGACAUUGCAGUUGACAGUCUGUGCAGAGGAGUGUUUGCAGGGGACUGCAGGAGGCUGAGUGUGCGGUCUUGUCUUCCAAUACUCUACAAUGCAGAGAAGGCCAGAGGUUCUGUCGUUCUUGGCAUGUUGCUGGGAGCAGGCCCUGAACCAGACGUGCCCACGUCUGCUUUGGCUAAGAGGGCCUCUGUGGAGAACUGGGCCCAGUGGUCCCUUAAAAGGGGUUUACAGAACCUUCCAGAAGCCCUGGAAGACAGGAUGAAGAAUGUGGGACAUGUGGAGGUGCACAGAGACUCCCCUAUUAGGGGACUGAGCACUAAUGGUGUCAACUGGGAGAUUAAACUGGAGGACGGCACCAUAAAAGCUGAUCAUAUUAUUGCUGCUCUACCUGCAAAAGCUCUGGCUUCAGCACUGCCUUCUGCGGCACAGACGCUGUCACAGCAGCUACGGGAGAUCUCUACGGUGACUGUUGCUGUGGUAAACCUGGAAUAUGAGGGUUUUGUCCUGCCUGUAAAGGGAUUUGGCCACCUGGUGCCAUCCUCUGAAGAUGGAGGUCUUCUUGGGGUGGUCUAUGAUUCUGUUCCUUUCCCCCAACACAACCGCAGUGGAGGCCCUUCCACCAGACUAACAGUAAUGAUGGGUGGGGCCUGGUUCCAUGAAGUGUUUGGAAAGCCAGAGGAAGUGACAAAGGAGCUUCUUCUGGAGAGGGCUAUCCAGGCAGUAACAUCACACCUGGGCAUUACCACCCCACCUGUCUGGAACGUGGUGGCAUUACUCCAGGACUGCAUUCCUCAAUAUUACCUUGGACACUGGAAAAGACUUGAAAUGAUGAGGAAAUACAUCAAAGACCACAAUCUGCCCCUUACUCUGGUCGGGGCCUCUUAUGAAGGUGUCUCAGUCAAUGAUGUCAUCUUCAGUGGACGGGUGGCGGCAGAGGGCCUUGUUGGAAAAAUAUAACAGAAGCUUCCAACCAUGAAUUUUAGCUUAUAUUGUAAAAAAAAAAAAAAUGUAUGCAUAUAUUGAAGUUUCAUUGUAAUAAGCUAAAGGUCAUCUUUUUCUAUAGACUGCUCAAUUAAAGUGGGUGAAAUUCAGUAUGUAAAUUGUAACAAUCUGAACUUAAGUUUCUGUCAGCUACAGUACAUACAUUACAUACAGUGCCUUGCAAAAAGUAAAUUCUGAACAGUUAUUUUAUGGUAAUUACUUUUUGUUUGAUAUUUAAGACACAAAAAUUAAAUCAUUAUUUUAAGUGAAAUUGUUUUCAUGUUGAGAAGUUAUGAGAAAUAAAAAAAGUAAUUGCAUAUGUAAUAUUUUUCAAGCCAGGUCCACUUGAAGUUCAUUGCUUCUCUCGGUCAUUUGAUUCUGAAGCUUUUUUGAUGCAGAAGUCCAGUUCAUUGGAUCCCAUCUAGAAUAUUUCUUGAUCUGUGCCACUCACCAUGAUGACACUAAAUGACUGAAUUAUUUCAUCAGAAGUCAAUUAGAACCAUUUUAAACCAUUUCAUUAAUUUCACUCACAUUGUGCUGUAAAAGUUGUGAUUAAAUCCCUACAAUCUCAUUGGUGCAGCACAAUCCCAUAGCAAGCAAUGGACUGAAAUAGCAUUAGUCAUCAGAGUUUUAUUGCCAAGUUUCAUUAAAAAAAACAAGGAAUUUGUUUUGGCUGUUAGUGCAAUCAUUACAACAAAAUGAAUAAGGGAAAUAAGAACAGUUGAAAUAAGAACAGCAAGAUUUUGUCCAUUUGAGGGUUGAGGGUAUGUUGGGAGCAGGCUAUUGUCAGUUUGCUUCCGGGGACAUGUUCAUGAGCCAUAUUGCUGUAGGAAAUAAGUUUAUUUUGGCAAUAGGUUUUGACCCUGAUAGACCUCAACCUUCUGCCAGAGGGGAGAGUUCUGAAUAGUCCAUUUCCAGGGUGAGUGGGAUCAGCCCCAAUAAUUGCCGCUUGCCUCCGUGUUCUGUAGGUGUCUAUGUUGUGUAGAGACGGCUGAUUGCAGUCAGUCGCCCUCUGCAGAGCGGAUAAUGCGUUGCAGCCGGCCCUUGUGUUUGGCAGUGGCUGCUGCGUACCAGACUGUGAUGGAGGUCAGAAUGUACUAUUAUGGCAAUGUUGAAAUGUCAUCAUAGUCCUUGGCAGGUGGAACUUUUUCAGCUGCUGCAGGAAGUACAUCCUCUGCUAUGCUUAAGUAGACUUAAGUGGAAAAAAGCUAGAGAAUCAAGCUACAUCUGCAAAACUCUGAGGUCUUGUAUUUGACAAAAAUAUAUAUGGCAUUCUUUAAAACAUCAACAUAUAAUAUGGCGUUAGUAGUCAGUAAACAUAUACAUUCAUUCAACUCAUUCAGAAUGUUACCUGAUGUGGAGACACGACAAUAUGUGA